UUCAGUCUGAUACUGCAGCACACAGCCUUCAGCCUCUCCAUCACCGCCUUCCUCCGUGUAUCUCAGCAUCUCCCCACCGGUUUCUCCUGUUACAUUUGUUCAUCCAAGCCCCCCCGCUCACACUCAGUCAGGUUGCUCCCUUGGCGGAAGGAAGAGAUUGGGCGAGAGAUUGGAGGAGGGCGAGAUCAAGGGGGAGAUUGAGGAUUAGAUAGGAAGAAUCUGCCGUGCAGUCACAGAGAGAGUUGUUGAGAGCGCCCACGUCCCUCCAUCCGCUGCGCGGAACCUCCCUCCCUCUCUCUCUCUCUCUCUCUCUCUCUCCCUCCUCCUCCCCUCUCUUCUGUGUGUAGCUGCGGUAUAUGACUGGGUCUCCUGGGUCUGUCUCACUGCAGUGUUGGAGAGGGUUCGGUUCCAGGCUGGGCAAUGCGCUGAAGGAUGGUGCACCAGGAGAAACGUAUUUACCAGGCGCAGAGGAAUGACAGGGAGUCCAUCAGACAGAAGCUGGCCCUCGGCAGUUUCUAUGACGACGACGAGCCAGUCAUCUACACCAGCUGCACCAAGAAUGACCUGUCCUCCUCCCGGCCUCAGAGUGGCGUUAACCUGCAGGUUUGUUUCGUGAAUGACAGCAGCAGUGACAAGGACAGCGAUGCUGAGGACAGCAGAACAGAGACCAGCCUGGACACACCGCUGUCACCUGUGAGUAAGCAGAGCUCAUCACUGUCGGACCGGGACACAGGCGAGGAGGACUCGGACCCCCUGGAGGACUGUGGCUUCUGGCGGGUACAGCGGCGUCUCCAGGAGGAGGCCAGGGUGGCGCUAGCAUUGGCCCGGCCCAUGGCCCGCAUGCAGGUGGAGGUGGAGAGACAGAUCCAGCUCCACCGCCGCUCGCCUGUUGCCGACCUGCUGCCCCACCUGCCCCACAUCAGUGAGGGUCUGAUGAAGAGGAGUCUGAAGAGAGGAGACAUACGGGACAUGAGCCUGGGUCAGCUCCAGGUCAUCACCAACGAUCUGCACUCACAGAUACAGAGCCUGAGCGGGGAGCUGGUGCAGCUUCUGCUGUUAAGAGAUGAGCUCCAUGUGGAGCAGGAUGCCAUGCUGGUGGAUGUAGAGGACCUGACCAGGCAUGCUCAGAGCCAACAGAGACACAUGGCAGAGAAAACCCUUUCCAAAUGAAAAUAUGACCACCCAAUCACCACAGAGCACUGGUCAACUACGUGAUCAUGGGCGCAAAUAAAGUCUGCAGGCUUUUGUUCCAGCCCAGCACAUCUGAUCAAAUGAUCGACAUCUUGCAUAAUUAUUUAGUUUUAUUUUUUAUUUGGGCUGGAUCAAAAGCCUGCAUAUUCUAUUGCUCUCCAGAAAACAGGGUCGGGGUCCACCGCGACCAGCUUUGUGACAGUUUGAUAUAAAAAAAAGAAUCAUGUUUGUUGUCUCCCUCCACACCGCACACCCACAGCCAUUUUGUAGAAUAUUAAACACAAUGCAUAGCAAUCUACUGAACACAAUGCAUAGCAAUCUACUGAACACAAUGCAUAGCAAUCUACUGAACACAUGGCUGUUUGUGCUGUUGCUAAGGAAUGAGCUCCUAGGCUUUCCAGUGUUUAACCUCUGUGGCGACUGCACAGGUCUAGUAUGAAUAGUCACACCAAUGGAUGUAAAACAGCGGCUGUUGCACAAAAUCACUUUUUUUUUUGUUCUGAUAUGUUAAAGCUUUACUGGUUGGCCCUUGUUUACGCCAUCGAUUUCGAGGUUGCAAUGAGCUUUAUUUUCUUCUGCACUGUAGACUGAAUGAAAGCUAAGUGUCCUUUUAAGCCUUGUUCACACUUACAGUUUGACGUGACUCUAAUCCUAUUCAUUUCCAUAUCCGAUUUGAAUCUGAUCUUAAUCCUAUUUUUACCUGCAGUUUGAACAGGUGAAAGCGACAGCUGGCAUCAUGUUAUCUUUCCGAUGCUUUUAAAAGUGUAUUCAUACUAUGAUUCUGAAACUGUGAAAUCCUCCGGUCAGGUACUGGUGUUGUCACCUGAGCUUGUUAGGUGAUGUCGUGAAUGGACAAGGAAGUACCAGCACCGAAGCUAAUCAGCCCACUGCCCUGUUGACAAGUCCGUGUCAGAACUGAUUUGACAGAACUGAUUUGAGGUUUAAGGCCUGCAGUGUGAACCGACUCGUGUGCUUUGUGACCAGGGUGUAAUAAUUGGGGCUGGUUAGUUAAUCACCUCCCUUGUACACUUGAAAUAAUGCGUUAACGUGACCAAACUUCAGCCCAGUGAUUGUAGGGUUUUGCCGUAAAACAGUUUCAUUCAGGCCCUGUUUUGCAACCCUGAAGCUAAUUAAAAGUAAAACAUUCCAAAAUAUCUAUUUUUAAGAAAUGUUGUUGACCAAGUCAAAUCCCAGUGGAUAUGAACAAAGGUGGGUUACUGAAGAGGUUACUGACAUUGUCACUUUUAAAGUGACAGCUGGUUGGUUUGGGCUAGAUGAAAAUACUUUGGCUAGCUGGAAGGAAACAUGUCUGCCUCGUUGUCUGAUGAGAUGAUGGUUAUCUGUGUCCACAGUAAUUAUUCCAUCAUUAGUGAUAAGAGAAUUCCAUUUUUCAGCAGCUCUUAAGUAAUAUAUUCUUCUGUUCAUAAUAAGCUCCUUCUAAUGUAUCACGCAGAGUUUAGGCACCCUAUCAAUGUUUUGUGUACAGAGAUAAUAAUUAUAAAUAAAUAAUAUAUGUGUGAGUGUUAAA